UCCCACUGCAAUUAAGUCAAAGGUGAAAUUUCGAACGGUCCCGAGGCAAUACAAAUCCCCAAUCUAGGUUAUUGACGGAUCAGACGGCGCGUCGAAUUGGACCCUGCACAAGCGGCAGCGAUUCGAGACCAAUAUACCCGACUCGCGUCCUCGCCCGGAGGGUAUCCGCAGAGUUUCUGUUCGUGUACCAACGAGGCAGCAGGUCGCAUCGGCUACUGGGUCCCAAUCUCGCGAACAAACUCCCGGAUGCCUCUGGUCACUGGUGUCACGCGCCAUCGAUGCGGCUACUGGUUUGAAUCCCGCGAACAAACUCCCGGUCGGCUCUAGGCUCGAGGUGUCACGCGCCGGGUUGCUUCGAUCACGAUAUACGCUGUCGGUUUUUUUCUUGUUUUUUUCUUUUUUCGUUUUGGUUUUUUUUUUUUGGCGGUGCGGCGGGGGCAUCGAUAUGAGCUGUUCGGCUAUGCUAUGGCCCGGUUGUCUCUUAUAAGAUGCUCGGGGAAACGCAAGAGGAGAGUGAGGGGGGAAUAAUGAUCUUUGGGCAGUACUCGAGUAGUUGGGACACACACACUCACACAUACACACACCCACACCCGGCGAUUCAUGCUCCAUUUUACUAGCACCGAUAGCGGCGGCAAUUGAUCCAUCCCUCUCUCUCACUCUGUCUCUCUCUCUCUCUCUCUCUUUCUCUGCCUCUCGGCUAUCCCUUCGGCUUUCGAUCCGCGUUGGUCUCCAACACCCACCCCCCUUCAUCAUCCCCGCCUUUUGAACCGACCUGACAAACAAGCACUAACAUCACCGGAGAAGAGACAAACAAACCUUGCUCCAACCUGAACGGGAUACCCUAGUCCAACCCCGGUCCAACAUCAGUCCGACACCAAGUCAGCUACACUACACCUAGAUCAGUACAGUAGUACAUCGUACACCGAGACCGCGAACUCUCAAGAUGGUUCAGUAUAGCAUUCGGAGCACAGACAACACCACCCAGGGCCGCCUGGCUCUGGUGACGGGAGCAAGCGGUGGCAUCGGCUCGUCCGUUGCACACGCUCUCGCUUCCGAGGGAUGCGACGUCGCGUUGCACUAUUCUUCAAGCCAGAGUAAAGCCGAGGCUCUAGCUCAGGAGCUGCGGUCCAAGUACCCCUCGCAACUCUUCCUCCCCUUCCAGGCCGACCUCUCGUCCAGGGAGUCGACGCGCAACUUGGUCCCGGGCAUCCUCGCGCACGACGAAAUCUCGCGCAGGCAUGCGGCCGUCUCGGUCCUCGUCGCCAACGCCGGGCUCGGGCGCCGCAUCCGCGACCCGGCCGACAUUGGCGAGGACGACUGGGACGAGAUGAUGGAGGUCAACGCGCGCAGUCAGUUCGUCGUCACCAAGGCCUGCCUCCCCGGCAUGCGGGCCCAGCAGUGGGGGAGGGUCGUUCUCAUCGGAAGCAUCGCGAGCCGCGGCGGCGGCAUCAACGGUUGCCACUACGCCGCCACCAAGGGCGCGCUCUGCUCAAUGGGCCUCAACCUGGCCACCUAUUUGGCGCCUGAGGGCGUCACUGUCAACAUUGUUCUACCUGCGAUGAUCGGUGCAACUGGCAUGAUUGCAACACCAAAGUCAACUACGUGGGAUAGCAAAGACGACCUCGAGGCUCUUCGGGCCACGGACCCCGGGCUGGCCAUCGCCGCGAGCGUCCCCGUCCACCGACUCGGGGCACCCCAGGAAGUGGCCAACGUCGUGACCAUGUUCGUCAAGACGGGAUACCUCACCGGCCAGGAGCUUGUUCUCGCCGGCGGCUUGAAAUGAUGUGGAUUUGUGUAUUCUCGUUCGCCUUUCCAGGUUUAGGGUUUUGUCUUUUCUUUUUCUUCUUUUUCUUUUCCCCUCUCUGGCUUUAAACCUUCAUAGCCCUACCCGAUUCAUUGGGCACCGUCAGCACGGCAACAUCACAAUGAGAGAGAGAGAGAGAGAGCCCGGCUACUUUUCUACCCCAUCGAAGAUGACUUGCAGUAAGUUUCAAGCCUUGCAGGCGAUUUGUCGCGGGACACAACACACAAUCAUACCGUAUAAACGAGAUAGAGUUCAAGGCCUGGGCCGCGUUUCCCCAACCUAAACAUCCCGAUGCAGACAAAGCAGCCCUCGAUCGGUCGCAUCUCACUUCAUGGUCCUUUUCGGGGUGCUCGCUCAUACGAGAGUAAACGUACUAUGUACAAGACAGGGAGCUGGCAAACCUUGGCCUCC